AUGCCAGGUGCUGAAACAGGAAACAAAACUGUAAAAUGUUGGUGCUUAUGCGAUAUUUUUGGCCCAUUUCGAGCUUUAAAAUUUUGGGCACUUCGAAUAUCAUCGAAAAACUUAAGUUUUUAUAAAGUGCUCAUUUCUUUAUUAGAUGCUGAAUAUGAUCGAGAAGAACCAAAUGAAAAUCCAAAAUUCGAAUCAUCUCAACAACGUGAAACAUGA